CUGUCAGUGGCGGCACGCCCGCCUCAGAGCACAGAGUCUGGCGAUGGAAGCUCAAUAGAGAUAGCGCAAUCACGCUGCCUCUCUCAGUAACGUCUAUUUGUUGUAUUAUAUCCAAUUCUCCUCGCAGAGCUAUUGUUUUGCCUAGACCCCUGAUCACGGCAAUUCGGGUUACCUCCAACUCCGCCACGCGCCGUCUGUGCAAAUGCUCCGGUUCGCAGGCAGCGAGCUCCGCCCUCGAGACGAUCGCCGAGAUAACCUAUCAAGGGCACGAUACCCGUUUCUGGAUUUCUCGCAGCCUCGGCGCCACCUCGCGGUCGCGUGCGAUUGUUGCGUGCGACGCCGGCGCGUGUGCGGGAGCGACUGCCAUCGCGCCGCCGGCGUCGGGCAAGGGGCGACCUUGGACUUGUGUCGCUGAGGCGGCAACUGCUGCGGACUGCGAGCAGCAUUUCACGCGAAUGACGCGCGCCAGUGGCAGCGCCACUGCGUUGGGCGUCGACUGGAUGAUGCUGCCAUGGAUGACCAGGGGCUCGGGGACCGAUGAGACCCAAGCUGGAAGUCCCGCAAAGCGAAUGCCACGUGACGGCGCGGCGUCAAUACUCCUACACCAGGCCACACAAUACAAUAUGCACCAAGCUGCGUGUGCUUGCCUGACCUACGCCGGUUCUGGUCUUCGCUACCUGAGCAGCGAUGUGUCUCGUCACACAGCAACAUGGACUGGCACUUGCCCCACUGGGAAAGCGAGCAGUUCUAAUAAGUACAGGUUGGAGUCUUUCCGAACCGCGUCUCUCCUUGUAUACCGUUCCAUUUUCUAUCUCUGCACCUCAUUCACAUCUAGCCCCUCAUCACGGCAGGUACUCGAGCAGGUAGGGCCGGCGGAGCACGCCGUGGCGCGGCUGCGGGUAGAAGCGGCCGACGGGCGCGGGCUGGGCGUCCAGCGCGGGCUUGACGCGCGUCACGCCGGCCUGCGCGCCCUUCUCGCCGCGCGGGGGCGGCUGCGGCUGCAGGAAGUAGGGCGUGAGCGCCAGGUCGAGCGGCGGGCGCGGCGCCGUCUCCGCCGCGUGCUGCAGCCGGCGCAGCUCGUCCGCAUCGCGCAGCAGCAUGCAGCACGCGCGCAUCGUGAAGUAGUAGACGAUCUCCACGCCCGACAGCAGGCUGAAGCCCAGGAAGAGCCCCGCGAUGCCGCCGAACGACACUGGCGACACACGACGGAGGCGAACGCGGUGGCGCAAUGA